GUUCGGGUUUGUUUGGCGAUAAAGAGCCAUGGUGCCCUACACUUAUAAAUGAUGGGUAUGUGGAAGCUGUCAAAGGUGAAAUUGAAGAUGAGCAAAUCGAUCGUUAUGAUGAAAUUAUAAUCAUAUCUAAUUACCCUACAAAGAACGAUGAGCACGUGGUAUCCAACGGAAGUAAAUAA